AAAACAAAAAAUAGUCAAUAAAAAUUUGUGUUGAGUUUUAAAGAUUUUUUUAACAAUGAAACGGGAACUAAUCAAGUGAAGAGUGUUGUGUGUGCUAAAGUGACGCGUGGACAGUGUCCUGCGUGCAUCGUAUCUAUGACUAUUGUUGCACGCGAAUACAGCGAAGUGACAUUAAAAAUAUUUAUAUAAAAUGGGAAAUUCGUAAACGGAAACGCUUCGUUGUUAAAAAGUUCAUGCGUGCGCUUUUGAGUGAAAAACUAAAAAUCCGCAAAGUGCCGCAAAGCGGCUAUCGGUUCAUUGAAAGCUUGUGUGGACUUACGGUCGCUUGGUUGGUCGGUCAGUCGGUCGCAGGGUCGUUGGACGGUCGUUGGCUUACAGACGUUGCUUGUUGGUGCCUGCAUCCUUGCCCCGUUGCCACUAUUGCCACAUCCUCCCCCUCCCGCAUUUGCUUCGCAAGGCACCACCUUGCCGGCUGGUGCAUUUAGGCCGGCCGCUAGGUGCAAGAGCCUGUGAAACAACUUGCUACCACCCAGCCGCCCAUCGCCCAUCGCUUAACCAGCAACUAACCGCCCGGCCUUCCUUUCGUCGCGUCUAUGACAUCGCCCGACGCGCACGAAGUCGCUGUCGUUGUCGUCGUAUCGGCACUCAUCGUCAUCGCACACAAACGCACCUAUCUAAUGCAUGCAAACACACUCACACACACAAUGCAAUAGACUCACAAGCUGCAUUGCAGCAGUCAACAGCAGCAACAGCAACAACGAGCUGCUAGAACAGAAACGACGCUGCUGCAACGCUGCGCUGCAUUGACGGAAGUGACGUAAUUUCCGAAACAGGAAGCAGCUACAGCAGUGAGCGAGCGAGCGCAUAGACAAAUUCAAUGGCCAACAACAGUAGUGUGGUGCUGCUGCUGUUGGCGAACGUUCAGCAAAAAAACAGCAGGAGGCGAAAACUGUGAAUGGGAAGAAUUGAAGAAAAUUGUGCAGAUUUUAUUAAAAGAAUUGAAAAAAAGAGAGAAAUAAUGAAAAGAAAGAAUAAGAUUUUCGAAAUUAAAAAGACGCGAGUGCAUUUCUAUUAAUGAGAAAAAAAAAUAUAUAUAUGAUUUUGUAAAAAUAUGUGAAACAAAUAAAAAGAAAACCUAUUUCUUCACCGAAAGCUAUGGAAAAUGCAACUACUAAAAUAUUUAUGAGCCGAAAAUAAAGCGAAAACAAAACAGCAUGAAAAGUGCAGUGUUUAACUUUGUGAAAUAUUGUGUUAAAAUUAUUAAAAAUCAAAACAGUUGAAAAGUAAAAAUCUCAACCAAAUGAAGCGACGCAAAGCCGCUAACGAAGCGCGCUAGUCGAGAACGUUGCAUGGCAAUGGAUAUGCGUUCUAAUAUAGCAGCUGUGGUAGUAGUUGGGCGUUGAACGGAGCGUGAAAGAGCAAGAAAAAAUAUAUAAAAAUAAAUUGCUGGGGAGUCAAUUAUUAAAGAGCGACCUCACCAACAACAAAAAAUAUAUAAAAAAUACAGAAAUUCAUAAAAAAUAAAAAAAUUGAAAAAAAAACAACAACAAACACGAAUCUCUGGCAAAGGAAAAACCGCAGAACCGUUACAAAACCAACUUGUGUGCAACAACAAGUACACUGCAGGCAAGCAAACAUUCAGUCAAACAGUAGCAAACAGAAAUAAUAAAACGACAAAACGACAAAAAGCAAAAUAAAAGUUGAAAUGGACUCGUCGCUGCAAUUGUAUAAAAUAAAUUCCAAAUGUCUUCCGGAAUAAAUUGUCGUGAAAUUUUCGUAUUUUUGGAAAUUUUAAUUUGGAACCAAAGAGAUCACCAGAAGAAGAGAAAUCAUCAUCAUCAAAAGCAGCAACGACAUAACAACAACAAUGAUAGUGGCCAGCAGCGGCGACAGCAACAAGAACAACAGAAACAACAAAAAACCAACAACGCAGUGAAAGUGUUAAAGUGUAAAAAUAAUAAUAAUAAUCACAAAAUUUAUAGCAGCAAAAGCAACAGCAACAGCAAUAGCAACAAUAACAGCAGCAACAACGUCAGCAUCGUCAGUGGCGGUAGUCAAUGUAGCAGUAAUACCAGUGUCAGCAGCAACAAAAGCCAAAUAAUCAACAAUUACCAGCAUAGUGCUGGUCAUCGUCAGCAACAGCAACAGCAACAACAACAACAACAACAACAACAGCAUUUACAAUAUUUUCAGCAGCAACAGCAGCAGCUGCUUAAUAACGCCAAAAGCAACAACAACAACAACCACCACACGCACUUAAAUCACUUUAAAAUAUUGCAGAAUCAAAUGAAAAUCGUCAGCAAAACCUGCACAAACGGCCAACAAUAA